AUGAGUAGUAGAUUUACACCUUAUUAUAAUUCUUAUUGCAGGAUCUUUUCUGAAAAUUCAAGGAUUGACCCUGAAUCAGCUGUCCUUCAUGAUACUUCCUACUUGUCAUCAUUCGUUACAUCAAUCGAUUCUCCACAUGGGUUAUUUAACGAUAAACACAAACUUCAUGUUAUUCCACAUCCUACGAAAUCAAAUGUAUUCGUGAACAGAAUCUCUUACGAUAUUCGAAGUGAUGCAUAUUAUGAAAAUGGGAUUAAGUACAUCGAAUUUUGGGAUCGUGGUGCUUAUUCAUUUGAAAAUUUAAUAUAUGUUUAUGAUUACUCUGAGGACCGGACAAAUUAUAAAGAUAGGAUGUCCUUAUAUCCUAAUAAUUUGGGUACAUAUCCAUCAAUCAUUUAUAAAUUUGAUUACUCCUCGUGCGAAAGCUUGGAAAUCACUUCAUUAUCCUUAAAAUUGAACUGUGCUGAUGAUAACUUUGAUUGCAAUUGGAAAAUUUCCAUUUCGACCAAUUUCGAUUUAAAGGAUCGCGUAUGGGUGAACGUUGAUGAAAGAAUUAAUCUUCGUAAGCUGCACAACUUGACACGAUACGUGAGUCAUAAAAAAGUUUUUUACAUUAAAUUCGAAAUUAAAAUUUCGGAAAGAUCAAAUUUUGAAAGGAAUAUAAAUCUAUUUCCUCAAACAAGGAAUUUUUCCGAAAGUGAAGAAGAAUAUAACGUCAAGGAUAAUUUUGAAUUGGAUAUUAUUGUUGAAUUUUCUCCACUGAAAUAUAAAGUCAUAUCAAAGAUGUUACAUUUAAAUAUGAUAUCUAAGGAACUCUUAAAAACCUCAACUGAAAGAGUAAUUCCUACAAGAUCGUUGGAUUCGAUCAACAAUACCGUUGGAGGUCUGUUUAAUGAUAAAUAUGCGUUUAACGUUUUACCAUAUGAAAACAAUCUUUACACGCAUAGGAUUUCAUAUGAUGCUUAUAAUAAUGCCUAUUAUGAGAACGGUAACGCCGUCACUAAGUACUUGAAAAGAUGGAAUCGUGGAGCUUUUACACACGAAAACAUCUAUUAUUUUACUGAGUUUUCUCGGGGUAGGAGAUCUGUAAUUGUGUCAAGAACCCUGGGUUUACACCGUAAAACUCUUCCAGCUUACAUUACAUGGAAAUUUGAUUAUCGACCGGGGAACUUUUACCUCACCUCUUUAGAGCUCAUAAUUAAAUUUCACCAUUCAACAAAUAUAAAUGGGGUUCAAUGGUUUAUUCAAGCACUUUCUACGGGAAGAAAUCCAAAUCCCAAAUUCAUACCGAUCGGAUUUCCUUUGGAAAACAAUAGGUUGGAUUAUAAUCUAGAUUUAACUAGAAUGGUGGAGGAUAAAUGCGGAUUUAUCUUAAAAGCAUAUAUUAAGAAGAAAAAGACGAGUGAUUUUACCAUUAAAUUAAUCUCAUCAGAUGAAAGUGAAAGAGAGUUUUACGUUCAUUCAUCAAUUCUCGCUUCAGGAUCGGAUUAUUUUAACGCCAUGCUUAACUCAAAAAUGACGGAAUUCCAAAAUAAGCGCCUUGACCUUGUUGAUAUUUCUUAUCUUAUUCUUGAAAAAAUUCUUUUGUAUAUUUAUACCCAUAAUCUCGACUAUAAUCUUGAAUUUGUCGAAUUGGUUGAUUUAUUAUAUGCAGCAUCAAGAUUCUUUGUACUUCGAUUAAUUCAACUUUGUGAAAUAUUAAUUAGGAAAUUCGUGAAUCAUGAAAAUGUGGAGGAAAUUUUAGAGAUAGCAAAGAAAUGUGGUGCUUUUCAAUUGGUUAAGUAUUGUGAGAACUUUGAAGUGGUUAGUGAACCCAUUAGGCCUGUUAAAAAAUUUAAAGGAGUAUUAACGAGCUUGGCUCGAAAAAUGAAGAGGUUAUAG